AACAAAAAUAUGGAUCCUCUUUGGUUUCAUCGCCACCUUCUCAUUUUCCCCUCUCAAUCUCCGCCCCCUCCAUUUUCAAUUUUUUCUUAAUACCUUCCCUAUUUAAUCUCUCUCAGCUAAGCCCUUUAUUUUUCUCAUUCUCCAUCUCUUUUACGUACGGACGUUCUGUAGAGAAGGGUGUUUUUGAUUGUAUAAACAUGGCUGCCAUGCUGCAAGCAAUCGGAGUAGCAUCACCUUCAGUUGCCUUCUCGGAUCACUAUAAUGAAUCCUCUGUUUCGUCUAUUCGAUCUUUCCCAGUCAUCAGAUCUGGUUCGAGGUCGAUUUUGGGUUCUGUCAAACCAGGAAAGGUUAUUACCAAAGCAACUGCGACACAGACAGAGAGUUCUGCUUCAGCAACUUCAAAACCUGGGCACGAGCUCUUGCUGUUUGAAGCCCUUAGAGAAGGGCUAGAGGAAGAAAUGGAUAGAGAUCCCAGGGUUUGUGUCUUUGGUGAAGAUGUUGGCCAUUAUGGAGGUUCAUACAAGGUCACCAAGGGACUUGCUGAGAAAUAUGGAGAUCUCAGAGUGCUCGAUACACCAAUUGCUGAAAAUUCUUUUACAGGCAUGGGUGUAGGGGCUGCUAUGACUGGUCUAAGACCUGUUAUUGAGGGCAUGAACAUGGGAUUUCUUCUAUUGGCUUUCAACCAAAUUUCUGAUAACUGUGGCAUGUUACACUACACCUCAGGUGGGCAGUUCACUAUUCCAACGGUUAUUCGAGGACCAGGAGGGGUUGGACGCCAACUCGGGGCUGAACAUUCGCAGAGGCUAGAGUCUUAUUUUCAGUCAAUUCCCGGAAUCCAGCUGGUCGCCUGUUCAACUGUUUACAAUGCCAAGGGUCUGAUGAAGGCUGCCAUCCGUAGUGAGAAUCCUGUUGUCCUUUUCGAACAUGUGCUUCUUUAUAACCUCAAGGAGAGAAUUCCUGAUGAAGAAUACGUAUUGUCACUGGAAGAGGCAGAGAUGGUGAGGCCUGGGGAACACAUUACAAUCUUAACAUACUCCCGGAUGAGGUACCAUGUCAUGCAAGCUGCCAAGACUCUUGUCAACAAAGGUUAUGAUCCUGAGGUCAUUGAUAUUAGGUCUUUGAAACCAUUUGAUCUCUAUACAAUUGGAAAUUCUGUGAAGAAAACUCACCGGGUGCUUAUAGUUGAAGAGUGCAUGCGGACAGGUGGCAUUGGAGCCAGCCUUACAGCAGCAAUAAAUGAGAAUUUCCACGAUUAUUUGGAUGCACCAAUUGUUUGUCUCUCCUCACAGGAUGUGCCGACUCCUUAUGCUGGGACAUUGGAGGAAUGGACUGUGGUUCAACCAGCACAAAUUGUUGCUGCUGUCGAGCAGCUCUGUCAGUAACUUCUGCAGGAGUAGUUUUGAAAUCUAGUUGAAGAUGAAGACUCAUUUCCGUCUGCCAUAAUUUUUGGCAAUGUUACCGCCUUGUUCGCUUUGUAUGAGAAUCUUAUUGUAUUUUUGUUGCUAUUUUCUUUUCUUUUCUUUUUAUUUUAUAGCUGGAGCCAAUGUGCUUUGUUUGGUAUUAACUUGUCAGCGAGAAAUUUAUGUUUGUUUAGUUAUUUAUUUUUCAAUCUGAAACUUCAACAUGAAGAACCAUUAAUAUUCCA